UGCAAGGUCAAGGACGUCAUAAUAUUUUGCACGUUGUUUAUUUCGACUCGGUGCCAUUUACUCCUGAUUUUCUAGUCCAAGGCAUUUAAAAAUCAUGAUUAUUUCAAGAUUCUAUGUGAGGUCAUCACGUCUCCUAAAGAAUGGAGGUGCUGUCAUUUCAAGAGCGGUUCAAACAUCAUCAGAAAAUGCUGCAAAUGCAGCUGCAGAAAAAUUGGAAAUCAAAAAAGAAUUGCCAUCUCAAGAUAGGAGACCUCUUUAUUUAGAUGUUCAAGCUACAACACCAUUGGACCCAAGAGUGUUGGAUGCUAUGAUGCCAUAUCAAGUGAGUUACUAUGGAAACCCACAUUCCAGAACACAUGCAUAUGGUUGGGAAAGUGAAACAGCCAUGGAAAAUGCUAGAAAACAAGUUGCUAGUUUAAUAGGAGCAGACCCAAGGGAGAUAAUCUUUACAAGUGGUGCAACAGAAUCAAAUAAUAUAGCUAUAAAAGGCGUGGCCCGAUUUUAUAAAAGUAAAAAGACUCAUGUGAUAACGACACAAACGGAACAUAAAUGUGUGUUAGAUUCUUGUCGUGUUUUAGAAGGAGAAGGUUUUGAUGUCACAUAUUUACCAGUUAAACAAAAUGGUAUUGUUGAUAUGAAGUUAUUAGAAGAAACAAUCCGACCAGAAACAUCUCUCGUAUCUAUAAUGACAGUAAAUAAUGAAAUAGGAGUUAAACAACCAGUAGCUGAUAUAGGGGCUUUAUGUAGAUCAAAGAAAGUUUUCUUCCAUACGGAUGCAGCCCAGGCAGUGGGUAAAAUACCAGUAAAUGUUAAUGAUAUGAAAAUUGAUCUUCUGUCUAUUAGUGGACAUAAAAUAUAUGGACCAAAAGGUGUUGGUGCGUUGUAUGUCAGACGACGACCGAGAGUUCGUGUUGAAGCACCGCAGUCAGGGGGAGGACAGGAGCGUGGAAUGAGGAGUGGAACUGUCCCGACCCCUCUUGUUGUAGGUUUAGGUUCUGCUUGUGAAUUAGCCAGUGAAGAAAUGGAGUAUGAUUCUAGAAGAGUUAAUAUGUUAUCAAAGAGAUUAUUAGAAAAAAUCGUGUCAAAUGUUCCACAUGUUAUUAGAAAUGGUGAUCCUGAAGAAACUUAUCCUGGUUGUUUAAAUCUGUCAUUUGCGUAUGUCGAAGGUGAAAGUUUAUUAAUGGCUAUUAAAGAUAUAGCUGUAUCUUCAGGAAGUGCUUGUACAUCAGCAUCAUUAGAACCAUCGUAUGUAUUAAGAGCCAUUGGAACUGAUGAAGAUUUAGCACAUUCAUCUAUCAGAUUUGGAAUUGGUCGUUUUACAACAGAAGAAGAAGUUGAUUACACAGCAGAAAAAUGUAUAGAACACGCCACUCGGCUACGAGAAAUGAGUCCAUUGUGGGAGAUGGUCCAGGAGGGAAUAGAUCUCAAGACCAUUAAAUGGAGUCAACAUUAACUUGUCCUGAAGGACCUGGUAAAUAGCCAGGAGAUGUGUAGGGUUGUAAUAUUUACUACAUCCAAGAUGUACAACCGAUGACCGGUUUCUUGUGUAUUGAAUUCAAGUGGUUACAUAUUUAUUUUGGUUUCAUAUGGUACCAACUUUAUCACAGCCAAGAAUUGAUUUCUUCUGUUGUGUCAUUUUUUGCUACAAAGCUUUCCCAUAAUCUAACUGUCGCACGAAAAACUUUGUUGGCAACAAGAGGUAAUUUAAAGGAGCAAAAUCACCAAUAUUUGGGACCUAGAAAUUGACCCAUGGGUCGCAACGCAUAUAAUAAUGUAAUCUGAUUGUAUAUAAACUGAUUUACAUUCAA